GGGGUGUCAUAGUCGUCUCACCGUAAAAUAAGUGAGACCCUGUUGGUGUUUCUCUCUCUUCCCCUUUCACUUUCUCUCUCAUCUUCAUUCUGCGUGUCGAUCAAUUGAAGAUGGCGCUGAGCUUGCUGCGAACCCUGGGAAAAUCAGCCGCUUUGCGUUCGAAUGCGAGGAGUUUCUGCAUCGUUAGCACUGAGGUCGUCACCUCUCACACUGAUAAAUGGAUGCAGGAUAAAAGCAAGAAGUCUCCAAUGGAGUUGAUCAAUGAAGUACCUCCCAUCAAAGUGGAAGGCCGAAUAGUUGCCUGUGAAGGAGCUAAGAAUCCUUUGGGGCACCCCAUUGAGUUCAUAUGUCUUGAUCUAGACGCACCAGCAAUCUGCAAAUAUUGUGGUCUGCGCUAUGUUCAAGAUCACGGUCAUCAUCAUUAGAAGCUGAUUUACCAUUUUGUGUAUGUAGUUCCCCACUUGAUGGAAUCUGAAAUAUGGGGGAAUAAUUGUCAAAGUAGUUUGCCAUUGUUGCAUCCUCUUUUCUUGUAAUCUUUGUGUGUUUCUUGGUACUUUGCUUCACAGAAUGACAUCAAUUUGAUUCAAUGAACAUAGUCGAUGCGGUGGAAAAUAACGAAAAGUACAUGCUUCGUAUUUCA